AUGACAACAGCAGACUAUUAUUCAGAAGAUGUCCCCGUCUUUGAAAAUGAGCCCGAAGUGCUAGAAUCUUUUCCUACAGCUGAUAACAACAUAUAUUCCCAAAAUAAAAUCAGCGAACGACAAUUUGAUCCCGGGCUCGUGAUUGAAGAAGAUACCCAGGUUAGACUGAAAUCUUUGAGCAAAGAUUUUGAAACAAAAGUAAAAGAGCAGCUUCUUUACAACUUCACGAAUAAUACUGCGGCCAAGAGUUUUCGAAAAAAAGUAAACAAUCAGUCUUCAGAUGCCCGAAAGAAUAAUAGAAUAUUGAAAUUUACGAUGUUGGAAAACGAAUUACGAUCCCUUAUGGUUGAGAUAGACAAUGAUACAGAAAGUGUGGAUUUGAAUUUAAAAAAAAAGGUAGAUGGACUUGUAAAUGACAUAGAUCAUUUUAAACUGGGGAGACCAAACACAUUUUUGGGUUACUGGGAGGAAAAACUUAACGAAACUAGAGCUAGGGAAAACAUCGACAUCAAAGACUGGAAAGAAGGUAAUGAAAAGGAACAAAAGGAAAAUAAAAUUGGCAAUCCUAAAAAAAUAACAAAAGAUUCGGACUCAAUUGUUCUAGAACUGGAAUCGAGAAUAUCAAGACUUGAGGAUAGCGUAGGAUACGAGUCAUCUCAGAGUAUGACACCAACAAUACAAGACACAAUAGAAGACUUGUACACGAGAGUGAACUUAAUUUUAGAUGGUGGAGAGAAUUUAAAUUUGGUGGAAACUGAGGUGCUCAAGCUUAUUGACAAUUGUGAAACUUAUAUAAAAGACUCAAAAAGAGUCAAAGACAAAUCCGAAAUUGUUCCUUUGACAGACCGAAAGCUAUGCCUUCUAUACGAUAAGGUUAAAACGUUACCUGAUUUUGCGUCUUUGUUGGGAAAAAUAGUGGACCGGUUUAGCUCCUUGAAUGAUCUUAUUGUAGGAACCGCAAAUAGUGUGAGUUUUUUGCAAGGAUUAGAAAAAGAGCUUUCCACAAUGGAGAGUCGGUUGGAUGUUUGGGAUGAAAAGAUAGAUCUUUUCAGCUCUCAGUUGGCAGAAGAUAAGAGGCUAUUCGAUGAAAGAACAAAAAAUAUAGCUGAGUAA